CACACGCUCUGAUUGCGAGUCUCCGCGCUGCUCAGGUUGUAACAUCGGUGUCCAACGGGCAGAGAUGCCGGGUGCGGGAUUCGUGAGGGUAGCUGUGCUUUGCGCUCUGGUGGCUCAAAACUGCCGUGCGGAGCUCACGACACCCGUGCAGGACCCGAAACUCGUUCCCGAAUCCUCCCUGCUCAAGCAUAAAGUCAUGAUCGCGAUUCUGGCUCGGAACGCGGCGCACAGUCUGCCGUACUACCUGGGCUGCAUCGACAGACUGGACUACCCGAAGGAUCGGAUUGCGAUAUGGGCUGCAACAGAUCACAAUGUGGACAACACCACUGCCGUGCUGAGAGAAUGGCUGAAGAACAGGCAGAGCAGAUACCACUAUGUGGAGUGGAGGCCUAUGGAGGAACCAAGGUCAUACACAGAUGAGUGGGGGCCGAAGCACUGGGCCCCGUCUCGGUUCAACCAUCUGAUGAAGCUCAGACAGGCAGCACUGAAGGCUGCACGAGAACGCUGGGCUGAUUAUAUACUGUUUGUUGACAGUGAUAACCUCCUAACUAACCCACGGGUGUUGGAUCUAUUGAUAGCAGAGAAUUUGACACUGGUGGCACCCAUGUUGGAUUCACGAUCCCUCUACUCAAACUUCUGGUGUGGCAUCACUCCUCAGGGUUAUUACAAGCGUACCCCAGACUACCAGCCUAUCCGUGAGUGGAAGCGUUUGGGAUGUUUUUCAGUGCCCAUGGUGCAUUCCACCUUCCUGCUGGAUCUAAGACGUAGCGGCACACAUGAUCUGGCCUUCUACCCACCUCAUCCUGACUACAGCUGGGCUUUCGACGAUAUCAUGGUCUUUGCAUUCUCAGCUCGACAAGCUGGUGUGCAGAUGUACGUGUGUAACAAAGAGCACUAUGGUUUCCUGCCUGUACCUCUGAAAGCCCAGCAAAGUGUGGACGAUGAGGAGGAGAGUUUCACACACACUAUCACUGAAGCCAGCAUUGAUCAUAAUGUAAAACCCUCAGAGUUCAUCUUCGCUCCACCUAAACCCCAGGACAAGAUGGGCUUUGACGAGAUCUUUCUGAUUAACCUAAAACGGAGGUUAGACCGGAGGGAGCGAAUGUUGAACACCCUGGAAGUGCUGAGACUUGAGGUGUCUGUGCUUGAUGCUGUAGAUGGGAAGGCUCUGAAUACAUCUCAGCUGCAAGCUCUAGGUAUAGAAAUGUUACCGGGGUAUAUGGAUCCGUACUCCAAAAGGGUGCUGACACGUGGAGAGAUUGGCUGCUUCCUCAGCCACCACUUAAUCUGGAAACAGGUGGUGGAGAGGGGUCUACAGUGUGUGCUGCUUUUGGAGGAUGACGUGAGGUUUGAGCCUCGGUUUAAGAGAAGGUUGCAGAUCAUCAUGGAGGAUGUUAAAAGAGCUCAGCUGGACUGGGACCUCAUAUAUGUGGGUCGUAAGCGAAUGCAGGUGGCCCAGCCAGAGGUGUCCGUAGAAGGUGUGAAUAACCUGGUAGAAGCUGAUUACUCAUACUGGACUCUAGGUUACGCUCUUUCACUGCAGGGGGCCAAGAAACUCCUCGCUGCUCAGCCGCUUGGCAAGAUGCUCCCUGUGGAUGAGUUCCUGCCAAUCAUGUUCAACAAACACCCAAAUGCAGCAUACAUGUCCUACUUUGAUCCCAGGGAACUACGUGCUUUCUCUGUUGAGCCGUUACUGUUGUACCCAACACAUUAUACGGGUGAGCCUGGUUACUUCAGUGACACUGAGACCUCCACUAUUUGGGAUGAUGAAGCAGUCAGCACGGACUGGGACAGAAAGUACGCCCAAAAAACUACUCAGCAGGGACAAAUAUGCCCUGUUGCCCAGAACAGUGUCACUGGAGACACACCACCGCCUGCAUCCCGAGCCUUGCGAGAUGAACUCUGAGAAGAGAAAUCACACACCCCAGCAACAAACACAAACUCAGACAUUCUCAAACUACACAACUGACUAACUCAGCUCACUCCUCAAUAUCAUCCAGGCCCCGCCCCUUUGGCGACACAUCAGCCAAUAGCAUGACAGCUGGCUGGGCUGCUCAAACACCAUUGGCUGGCUGGCUGAUUUUGCAAAGUCUGUUCACUAAGAGACACAAAAACACACAAGCUCCUUAAAUUUCCACUUGAUUUAUUUCGUCAUGCCUUCCACAGACAUUGAGGGACCAAACUGUCCCAGGUGGAAACUUAAAAGCACUUGAAGGAUGAGAACACCUUGCAAGGACUGGACAGAGACAGACUUAUGGGAGUAACAACAUUUGGGUGUGCAAGAACAAUACUUAUGCAGAGGAAUUUUUAUUUAAAAAGAUUUUAUAUGGUUUUAUAUUGUACAUAAAAUAUAUAAUUUCAGGGCAGAACAAGAAAUAAAAGAAUCCUGCAGCCUUUCACUAUUUUCAAACCAAGGAAACAUCAAACAGUUGUUCAGUCAGAUGCUCUUCAUGAUAAAGAACAUUAUAAAAUCUCUUGUAAAUGCCAUUUAUGUGUCCAAUAUUAUAUUUAGGUGCCUGAAAUUAAGAGGUAUUGGAGGAAACUUAAUCAACAUUUGAAGUACUCUCUUUACCAAACUGUUUAAGUAUGUACUGUCUUGUUCUGGGCGAAUAUUUAGCAAAAGCAUAUCUGUGUUAUGGUGAACAUCACAUUGUCUUCCAGCAGAGACAUCAAUACUUACUUCCAGAAAAUUCCAGGAGACGUGUGUACUUUGAGUGUUUGGUUCUACUGUGCUGUAUGUUAUUUGUCAUAAUUCGAAAGGGCAUUGGAUAUACCCUCAUUUGUUCACUCAGCAGGCUGGUUCCUGUUUUCUGACUGUAGAUUUCAUUAACUUUUCUGAACACUGAAGAUGUCAUGGUGCUGGUGGUGGGGCUGUGUCAAUAAAAC